GUUGUAGUGAGGCUUUGUAAACCUUAAAGGAUGGAGAAUGGGAACCAUGAGCAUUACCUAUACCCUCAUUUAUCUGCAGGUUUCCCUUUCCCAGAAUACCUCCCAUUGUCCCCCACCCCCACCCCCAUUCUCUCUUGCCAUCACCAGGAAUUCUGGGCUGGGAUUGGCUGGGUGCUGAGCACUGUGAUGUCAUGCUGGAUCCCAGUUCAGGCUGGAGAAUGGGGGGGACAGGGUUGCUAUGCCGGGCCCUGCUGUUAUCCUUUGUAGGGAAUUUGGGGGCUCCUGAUAAAAGAUUGUGUAAUGGCCCCUGUGGAUUACGGCCAGGGGUCGAAAUUAAGGAUGCAAACAGUCGAAUCUUGGGAGGUAAGGACACUCAACCUGGGGCCUGGCCCUGGAUGGUCAGUAUGCAGCUGGUUACCCAUAAUGGCCAAAGGUUCCAUGCUUGUGGGGGCUCUCUACUGACUCCGACCUGGGUGCUCACAGCUGCCCACUGCUUCAAGAGCACCAGGGACCCGAGUCAGUGGCGUCUAGUGGUUGGUGCAUGGAAGGUACAGGAGGCAGCAGCAACCACCCUCGGCCCCCUUGUACAGGAACGGAAGGCAGUCCAUAUUCUGCUCCAUGAGCAAUAUAACUCACUCACUGAGGCCAAUGACAUCGCGCUGGUGGAGAUGGAUGGGCCCGUGCGCUGUGGUUACCUGGUCCAGAUUGCCUGUCUACCCUGGCCCUCAGCCGUUCUACUCAAGGACUCAGAGCCCUGUAUCAUUGUUGGCUGGGGAUACACAGAGGAGGAUGCUUUAGAGCCAGCAAAUAUUCUACAGGAAGCAGAGGUGAAAAUCAUUAAUUUGGAAAUAUGCAACGGGACCGACUGGUACCAUGGAUUCAUUCAUUCCACCAACCUGUGUGCCGGCUACCCAGAGGGUAAAAUAGACACUUGCCAGGGGGACAGUGGUGGGCCACUCAUGUGCAAGGACAAAAGCACUGACACAUUUGUGGUGACUGGCAUCACCAGCUGGGGCACAGGUUGUGCCCGGGCAAAACGGCCAGGGGUCUACACUUCCACAGGGGACUUUCUGGAGUGGAUCGUAUCCAAGAUUGGAGUUGAUGGAGAGCUUGAUGACAUGCCUUCAACAGUCAAGAAACCCAUAUUAAUGCCAAUUAGAGGGAAAUCAGGGAGAAGGGUAGCUCCAAAGAGUAGGACUUCUUCCAUUCAAGCAAAACAGGGCAUCCCCAAAGGGAGACAAUGGAGGGCUGCUCAUGUGCAAGGACAAUGAGACUAAAACAUAUGUGGUUCAUGGAAUUGCAAGCUGGACUAUUGGCUGUGCUCGGAUAAAUUUGCCAGGUCUCUAUAUGUCCACUUGGUACUUUCUCAACUGGAUCACUUCCAAGAUCGAUUCUGAUAAGAUGAUGACUACUCUGGCUUCAGCUGCAGAGACCUCGGCUUCAACAUCAUUCCUUUAUCUAGAUUCUGGGCAGAGGGUCAGCUCAGAAGGUUGAAGAGGAUGUCUCCCACUCGAGCAUCCCUGGGGCAAUAUUCAAGAUAGGAGAACAUGGCUCUUCCUUGCUUGACUUUGCUGCAUCUGUUCUUCAUCCUCCAAGGGGAAAAAGGGUUUCUGUGGGACCACUGCUGCUUCACCAGUCUCAGGACCAAUCUCUCUCCUGCUCUUUCUGGCUUUCAACGUUUAUUAGCUGGGGAAGGAAGAAACAAACUCAGCUCACUGAAUAGUAUUUUUUUGUUUUCAAUCAAUGGUUACUGUUUGGCCUGAUUCUUCCCCAGUCCAGGGGACCUUUCUGUUAUCACAUCAGAUUAUGGGAGAGGAAUGAAGCAGUUGUCUGGAAAUGGCUGACUAAAAUCCCAUCUCCUCCCCUCCCCCCAACCCAGAACCCUUUCCUUAUUCCCAUUA